AAAGAGUUUUUUUGAAGAAGAUUAUGAUCAGCAACCAUCAGCAUCAACCACGAUUAAUACCUCAUCUUUAAUUGGCCUAUUUAAGAAUGAUCUUGAAGUUUGCAUGUAUCUAAUACAGCAUCCACAACUUGUUGAAUUAGCAUUAAAUAUAAUGAAAGUGGGUGGUGGCCAGGAAUUCAUUACUUAG